AUGGCAGAAGACGAGCACCGAAAUCUAGAGCCUCCUUCAAGGAAGAGCAUCGAGGAUCCUGGAGCACACGGCCUUGAAUCAUCUGACUCCUCCGACGAUGACCACUUCUCUGAUGCUCAUUCCGGACCGGAGCGCGGUUCUGGCGUGACAUCUCCUGUCCCUGUAACUCGAGUCGAGAAGGUGGAUAGCGAGCCUAGCUAUGGAGAAGUGCCCGGCACAGAAGCCUACAAUAUGAGGGAAAACGAUGCGAAGCCGGAUGAGAUUGCUAUUGUACCUGAUGCCGAACAAUCCAGCCAAAGCUCUGAUUCGGAAGGGCCCUCCUCAACUCCUGGCGAUCGGCCGAUUCCUAGCACCAUGGUGGAGAAGAUCGAUCCGUCCGAGCCCAGCCAUGGCAUGGUGCCCGGUACAUUAGCACACGAAAAGCGUGCUGCUGAUGCUGUUCCGGAUAUGGUGGUGAAAUCUGGAGAAGGGAGUCCAUCCUCAAAUCGAUCCAGAUCCAACACCACCCCGGGGGACCUUCCAAUCCCAGUCACAAAGGUUGAGAAGGUGGACUCCGAGCCCAGUUAUGGAGAGAUUCCCGGUACUCGCGCUUUCGAGCUUAGAAAAGGCGAUCCCCAACCUGAUGUUGUAGAAGAAGUUGGGGAUGCACCAGGUAAGAAUGUCCAUGUAUUUUAUACCUCAGACCGAUUGACCGAAUCAGGGUCGCCAACGGCUGUUAGGUCCCCGAAAAUAAGCCAUGCGAGACGAAAGUCAUCGGCAGCGGGGAGAAAGGGGCCACAGAUGGACUACAAUGAGGCAGAGGAUGGCUCGGACGGCGGGUUUGGAGACGACUUUGACGAUUUCGAGGAGGGGGAAGAAGAUGCGGAAUUUGGCGAUUUUGAUGAUGGUUUUCUGGAACCGGCGGCAUCCCCUUUACCCCGUACACAGUCACUACCAGUUACACCAGUUACACCUUCGUUUCCGGUCCUAGACUUCUCUGAGCUCGACUCUCCGGAGGAAAUACAAGCAGCAACAGAACCAUACAUGGACGCCCUCUUUCCACCAGACACAAUCGACACCUCAAUCCUCCCACCUCUCAUAGCAGAAAACCCCAUAUUCCUUACUCCCCGCAGCGCCUCCCUUUGGUCCCAACUAGUAGCACCACCACCUCUCCAACCCCCAAACUGGAUCCGCUCUCGAAUCCGCCGACUGUUCCUCGUCUCCCUCGGCGUCCCCGUCGACCUCGACGAGAUCCUCCCAGCGUCCAAACAGAAGAAACUAAUCCUCCCCUCCAUCCACCUCAACCCAUCAUCCGAGUCCGCACGCACAUCCUCAGACCUCCGCUCAAUAUCGCGCCUCAAACAAGGCGACGGAAACACCUCCUCGACAUCCGUAGAUUCCCAAGGCAACAACCACACCUCGCGCUCCGGAUCCAGAAGACGGAAAGGCCCUCCGCCUGCACCGCAGCUGGAUCUCGUGUCAGCAAGACAGUUAUGUGCUAUAACUGAUGAAGCCCUAAAUGGGUAUACGGUGGAAGAGUUGAAGGAGCAUAUAGGCAAAUUAGAAGCUAUGCAAGAGACGGCGAAAGAGGUUUUGGAAUACUGGAUCACAAAGACGGAUGAGAAGCUUGGCGAGAGGGGCGCUUUUGAAGGCGUGAUUGAAAAUCUGGUGAAACAUGCUAGGAAGGUGCGGAAGUAA